AUGGCGGUCGUGCGUGAAGCAGAGGCAGAAAGGGACGUUCGCGAAGCAGAGGCCCCGGCGGAAAGGGCGGGCCAGAGACAGGCCGUGCAGCGGGAGAGGGUGGUUCGGGCGAUCGUUCUGCCCUGUGGCCCUCACGGGUCCUUCAAGGGGGAGGUGUAUCAGUACACCACGCCCGUCGCUGCUCGCGACGGCCACUCGAGACCUGGUUUCUUCUUCUGGGUCUUCCGAUGGAUGAUCGAUUUCCUGGGCGGUGUGGGGAUCGCCAACAUGGCCGGUCGCUCGCGGGAGCCGAUAGCCAAUCGCACCGCAGCAGUCAUUUUUGAUGGCCUUUCGUCGUCUGAUGAGGAAGUUCAGAAGAUGGGCGAGGAGGCGAAGGAGGAGGACGAGGAGGCCAUCGCCUUGCCGGUCGCGGACGACCACUUGACGUCCUCCAGCAUGAUGGCAAAGCAGGUUGCCGUCAGUGCCAGGAAGCGGAAGGCCGCCGCCAACGACGAGGAUGUUCGCGAGGACGUUGGGGACCGGGAGGCGGAGGAGGAGGAGGAGGAUGAGCCGCUCAGCAGGGGCGACUUUAGCCUGUCGUCUUUCGCCUGCAUCUGUUGGCUAGGCCAGCUUAUGGCCCGUGCAGAGGGCAUUCUGCAAGGGAUGCGAGACACCUUCUGGCAGGACGUUCGAAAAGGCUGCUUUCAGAUCGUGCGGGGCGAGGUGUCGGUCCAGUCUCUCGUCAAGGAGCACGGCCAGAUCGCAGCGAAGAUCUUCAACAAGCAGGAGCAGGUUGAGGUGGUGGAAGCCUUGAGAAUCCUGCAAGCUGAUGCCGUUCGCAGGAGCUUGAGUCAGGACCGGCGGAGGGCGGCAGAGAAGCUGUUCGCUCGUUUCGUCCGGUCUCUCGCAGAGAGCAUCGACGACACUGUCGGCAAACCGCUCUGGACGGAAGCCAUUUUGGAUGCGGGUGGACAGGCAGGCCCAUCGAUCGCCGGGGUUUUUGUGGCUCAGAGCCAUUUCGCCUCGGGCUCGGGGGCGGCCGAGACGAAACGAAACAGGGAACGACCCUCGAAGUUCCUUGAGGCCGAGCGUUUGUCCUACGUCGCUGCUGGUCGCUCGGUUUUGGCACAGGCUCCCGUUCUCAGCGUCGUCGCUGAUGCCGUCCACGUGGGACAGGAGGACUGGCUGAACGUUUUCCUCUGCGACACAAGCGAGGACGUGAAGAAAGGGACGGCCAUCACGUCGGACGACUGGACGGACAUGUGGCAGGGCCGCAUCACGAAGUCCUUCAAGAAGGCCGGCUCCAAAGGUCGCUCGCCACCGAAAACCACAGGCGGCUACAAGGAGCCGGAGAGGCUGGCCACUCAGGAGUGGUUCCGAGACAUGUCCCACAGCCUCGCGGUCGUUGGCUGGGGCUUUUCGUCCUUCCGACGGACGAGCGAGGCAGGCCGGCCGAGGGUCUUGAUCCUCUGCACGGAUCAGGAGGCCACUCAGUUGGCGGCCGUGAACUACUUGAAGUUCGGCCGUUCGCUGUUCGUGGAGCACGUCAACGACCCGGCUCACCGUUCCCACAACGACGUGAACCUCGCGAUGGCGGCGGCCGGUCUGCUGACGUUCGGCCUCGUGUCCAUCGGCCUCUACAACGUUCGCUACGGCCCAUGGAACAAGGGCACGUGGUUCGGCAAGGUCCAGACGAUGGCGGACGAGAUGAGUCGUUCGAUGAGCCCUUCGGAUCCGUUGCUGCUGACUUUCUUUCCGGACAUUCUGGAGGACCAAGGCCGUUCGCAAGAGGACAACAACGAGGCCGAGCGACGUGCUUUUCUGGAGAGCCUGCCAAACAGGUCGUUCGUGAGAAGCAAGGGCAGCAAGGCCUCGCAGUCUCGCUUCAACAGUCUCUCGCAGGCCCAUGCGGAGCUCGACGGCGACUGGUCGGCCUGUUGCCUCGUGCUGGUCGCUCUCUGCGUGGCCGAGGGCUGGUGCACGACGGCGUCCCAGUUGUGGUCGCCCUCCGCUGGCAUGGCCGAGACGACGACGGCCGCCACGACCAGGGCAGCCGCCAAGUCGAACGUUCGGUGCAGCACGAUGCUCGCAGACCUUCGGGCGGCCGAGGCCACCGUGAGCCAGUAUGCCAACUGGGCUCACUGGCAGUACAUGGAGGUCGCUCGCGAGCAUGUCGCCAAGCUGUCCAACCUGGCCGCUCUGAAGCGGAUCGGCCUUGACAUGUCCUUCGAGCUGCCAAAGGAGGAGGUUCGAGAGGACUCGCUGGCGUGGCAGGAUGCAGUCGCUCACAGAGUCGUUCGCCUGACACACCGUCUCUUGCGAUAUCGUUGCGGCAGCCAGCUGGGGCCGAGGGGUCGUUGGAGGCGAAGCUCCUUGGACGGCCACUCUGCCACGGCGCCCGUGAUGGCCAUGUUGCUGUCCGAGUUGCGGGAGGCGUCGUUCGUGGAGGUUCCGCCGGGGACGUUCGAGUGGCUUCGCCGUUCGUGGAGCGGCCUGCUGAACUCGAAGCUCGUGGAGGACGCCAACAAGGUCCAACGUGAGGCCGAGCAGCGGAAUGGCACUUCGAAGAUGCUGGGUCGUUUGGAGGGCUGGCACGGUCUCUCGAGAAAGAAGCUCCUGGAGCAGUAUCACAGGAGAGAGGUGCCGAGCGGCCGGAUGGCGACCGUGCUCGUGAAGUUCGAGGCCGACCCGUGGUUCGUGCGGCCUCAGCGGCUCCGCACGGACCCGGGCAGUUCGUCGGCCGCCGUUCGCGAGGAGCAGGAGGAGGGCCUCACGGACCAGACCUUCGAGGACGACCUUCUGAAGGGCGUUAGCCAAGCGAGGACGUGGGCCUCUCCCACACCUGAGUCGGAACAGGACAAGCUGGCUGGGUUCUCGCUGCUCACCAAGGUCGUUCGGCAGAACAUGGACUGGUCCUUCGUGGAGAAGGGAUGGUGGGCAGCCUUGGCUCCCGAGGGACAUGCCUUGCAGUUUCCGACUGGACCACCGUUGUACGUGGUUCGCAGCUACAAGCGAGCUUCCCCUGCCGGAGACAUCGUCCGCCUGGACCUGGAGAACCCACACGUCGGAUGGGUGCACCUUUUCGACGAGGCCGUGGACGUUCUGGACUUGGCUGCGACCUCGCCACAACGUGGUCUCGUGUCUCUCGGUGAGACCCGGGCCAUGGGAGUUGUCUUUCGGGUGCAGGCCCGAUGUUCCUUGCUUCAGCACCACGAGAAGUUCGGCUUCGCAGGCGUUCCGGAGUGGGGUCUGCGACGACUCGCAGAGGUGAAGGGAUGGCCGGCCGAAGCUGAGGACGAGGAGGACGACCGCCUCGCCGUGGUGUGCCUCUUGUCUCUCCAGCCAACUCUGACGAAGGACGACGUGGUCAAUCGUCUCCUGUUCCGCCAGGACGUGGCCUCGUGGUCGGGCGAGUUUGGGGAGCUCGAUCUGACAGAGGUCGUGCGAGACACAAUGUUGGCGGCCGACCAGGACGUCGCCCUCCAACAACUUGCGAAGCGGAAAGCCGCUCGCGAGACUGCCGUGGAGAUCCGGAAGCGGGUCUCGCGGACUUUCGAGGCCGUCGCCAAGACCUUUGCCAGCCGACCCGAGUACAAAAAGGCAGCGGCAGCUCGAAAGGCCAAAGAGAAGCAGGCAUCGCAGCAGCAGAAGGACCAUGCCGCUGCGAUCAAGCGGUGCUAUGCCGCCCUCAGCGACAAAGUCGCGAAGGUCGGCGUUCCCACAGCCGUCCGAGUGUAUCGGGACGACUACAACGGCCGCUGGCGUCUCACGUACAGGACUGUCUGGGCUCAGGUCACUCGCAGCAUUUCGUGGACUGCCGUGGGCAGUAGGAAUGCCGCAGCGGAAGCCGUUCGCCAAGGCUGGCAGUGGGCGGAGACGUUCGACGGCCUGCCGAUGCCGGAGGAGGCAGCAGGCCUGUUGCAGAAGUUGGCGGCUUGA